CACCAGACACUCAUGAUAGUCUCUCCCCACCAGACACUCAUGAUACAGUCUCACCCCACCAGACACUCAUGAUAGUCUCUCCCCACCAGACACUCAUGAUAGUCUCUCCCCACCAGACACUCAUGAUACAGUUUCUCCCCACCAGACACUCAUGAUACAGUCUCUCCCCACCAGACAUUCAUGAUACAGUUAGAUAAGGUUUCUGAAUUGAUGUAGAAAAAAAUAUAAAGUAAUAAAAACUGAUAUCAGAAGCGUGCCAUUAAGAGCCAGAGGAUGGAUUACAAUUAUUUUUAAGUGUGUGUGUGUGUGUGUGUGUGUGUGUGUGUGUGUGUGUGUGUACGAGUGGUCACAUGGGCGUGAGGGGGCGGCUCCGGAUGAGUGUAUAUAAGUGACAUGACGCGGUGGACGAACGGCAGCUUUGUGGGUCUACUAAGCACAGACAAGCAUGGAGCAGCAACAAGAAGAGAACCGCGUGGCUGGCAGCGAGGACCUCUUCUGCAGGAACUGUGAUAAGGAGACGGAGGAGGCCGAGGCGGUGGGCAUGGAGGGCCGCGUCCCGGAAUGGCUGGAGGGACGGGUCACGCGGAACGGGCCGGGCAUGGUGCAGGUGGGCGCCACGCACUACGACCACCUCUUCGACUCCCUCGCCAUGCUGCACCAGUUCACCAUUCAGCGAGGACGUGUUACCUAUCGUUCCAGAUUCCUUCGCAGCGACUCCUACACCAACAACACGCAGGCCAACAGGAUCGUGGUGGGCGAGCUGGGCACCGUGGCGUUCCCGGACCCGUGCAAGACUUUGUUUCAUCGGCUCAUGACAAACUUCUUCAAGCUCCCCGUCCCCGCCAGCGUCAUGUCCGACAACUGCUUAGUGAACGUGUGCCAGGCGAGGGACCAAAUGUUUGCCCUGACGGAGACCUGCUUCUUGCGGCGCCUCGAUCCAGACUCCCUCACGACGCUCGGGAAGAAGGAGGACAUCAGUAACUACGUGGCGGUCAACAUGGCCACGGCACACCCGCACAUUGACCGCGACGGGACGGUCUUCAACGUUGGUUGUUCCUUCUCGCUGCUCAACGGCCCCGAGCUGCGCAUCGUCCGCCUGCCCGAGGGAAAGCUAGAGGGCGCUCGUGUGUCGGCUACGGUGGUCAGCAGGUGGCGUGCGGCGUUACCCUACGUGCACAGCUUCGCCAUGACCAAGAACUACUGGGUAAUCGUGGAACAGCCUUUGGUUUUAUCGCUCGGGAAGAUGGUCCAGCAGUACGCGACAUUCGGGAGGCUGAUGAACGCCCUGACGUGGCUGCCGCAUGAAAACUUGAGGCUCCUGGUGAUUGAUAGGAAUACUGGAGAGUUGCUCCCCACCACCUACACGGGGCCGCCGAUCCUCCUCUUCCACCACAUCAACGCCUAUGAGAAGGACGGGCACUUGGUCGUGGACUUCUCCUGCACCAACAACAAGUCGCCCUACAACUGUUUCUUCUUCAGCAACUUCCGCAAACUCGACACAGACCCCUCCAAGGUCUUCCCGGACGCAAAGGCGUGUAGGUUUGUAUUGCCUCUGUAUGUACCGGCUAAAGGGGAGGUCGGCGAGCAGCUAGUGACUCUGAAGGACACCACCUGCACCGCCAUAAGAACAGAUGGCGGUGAGGUACACUGCUCGCCCGCUCUCCUUUGCCCACUAACAUUCGAACUCCCUAGAAUCAACUACCAGAGGAACGGCCAGCCUUACCGCUACACCUACGGCAUCACCAGCGGUUCGGAUUUGUACCUCCAGCGCCUGAUAAAGCUGGACGUGGUGACCGGCGAGACUUGGAUCUUCCACGAUAGAGGCUACGUCGCUGCAGAGCCCAUCUUCGUGCCCGCCCCCGGAGCCACCGAGGAGGAUGACGGGGUGGUGCUGUCUACUUUACUAAAGAUCAACGACCUCCGCUACGUGGCGCUACUGGUGCUGGACGCUAGGAACAUGAAGCAGCUGGCCAGGGUGGAGUUUACUGCUGAAGGGGAUGUGACGUUCCCUUUUCACGGGCAGUUUGUUGACCCCCGCCAGGACGUCCACGCUUACUGACAGAUCCAUGGCAUGACGAGGCAUAGACAGGGAGGAACACACUCAUCCAGAACCAGGAGAGACACGGUUAGAGGUGGACACGAUCACAGCUGCACCUUUUAGCUCCUAUUCCUUGCCAGAAGAGUUUACGCUUACACAAAGAGAAUAUUGCAGCUGUUCUUUUGCUUGUACAUGAUGUAAUGAAUCUGUUUACUACGAAAAGCUGUGAAUAAAGUCUUGAGUGUAUGUAGCUUUCUGCAAUAGAAGAAAUUACGCAUAAAAUCUAAUAAAAUUCUGAUAUGUUUUUGCGGAUCCUUUAAUGCGAUAAAAAAAUAAACUGUUGACAAUUUAAGAAAAUCACAUCCCCAUAUUGUCCCACGAGAUGCAUUGUUACUAUUCAAAAGUAGUUACUGUGCUUAUUUUAUUUCUUGAAAAAUAAUGUGAAACCCGUGAACCAGGAAAUAUGUUUACUUGUUUUACCUGAUUAUGUGUCUUUGUAUGCGUGUAUGUAUGCAUUAAAGAUCUAUUAAA